AUGUCUAGGAACAGCUCGACAUCAGUUUCGACUGGUGGCCCAGUUUUAUCCGAUCCUGAGAAGAUUAGAAAUAUUGCGCUACUCGCGCAUAUCGAUUCCGGAAAGACAACUUUAACCGAAUCCAUUCUUACCGCGUCAUCUUACAAGUCUAGUGCUGGCACUGUCGACACAGGCAGCACAACAACCGAUUUCCUGCCCGCAGAGCGUGAGCGGGGAAUCACAAUCCAAUCAGCUAGUAUCCCAGUCUCUUGGCGCCAAUGGACAUAUAAUUUAAUUGAUACUCCUGGCCAUGCCGACUUUGGUAUGGAAGUGGAGAGCGCGAGUCGAGUUAUUGAUGGGGCUGUAGUUCUACUGGAUGCAGUCGAGGGUGUUGAAAGCCAGACCAAGGGCGUGUGGAAUCAACUGGAUAGACAUCAAGUCCCAACGAGAUUCAUGUUUGUCAAUAAACUUGAUCGACCCGGUGCUUCAUUGUCAUCCUCUAUUUCAUCCAUUCUUGGACAUCGAUUGCAUCCCUCUCCAACGCUUCUCACACUUCCUAUAGCCUCUUUCGAUCAAGAUCAUUACAAGCGCGGAGAGCCAGGAAUAGAGGGACUAGUCGACCUGGUAAAAUGGGAGGUCUGGAAAUGGCCGGUAACUCAAUCCGCUGAAUCGAACCACCCUCCCGAGCGCAUCCCUCUUCCAAUAACAGAGUCUGAAUUAAACAGUAACUCCAUAUUCUCGUACGAGCACCCUUUAUUGAAAGAGCUCUUGUCAGCUCGCGAAUCACUAUUGGAUAACUUAUCCCUUCGCUCGCCCGAACUUGAAUCGGCACUCUUGGACGCCCCACCGGAGGCGUCACCAUAUCUCGCUGUCGGUGCCUCACAGAUCAUCUCUAGUCUUCGCUCUUUAGUAGCCAGGCAAGAUAUCUUACCUGUGUUUUGUGGUGCAGCUGCGAAGCAUAUUGGUACGGGUUUGCUACUUGACUAUGUGGGGGAGCUUUUGGCUAGCCCACGAGACGUACGUCUUGAGGGUGCAAUCGAGUCGGGAUCUGAUGUUCAAAUGCUUGCAUGGAAGGUUGCAUGGGAUAAGCGAAAGGGCUGGAUGACCUUUGUAAGGGUAUACUCUGGCUCUCUGACGAGGAACGUUACACUGGUCAAUACUGCCACCCGAGAAAAGGAACGCAUAUCCAAGAUCCUACUUCUCUAUGCAGACGAGCCUCGCGAAGUUGACUCGCUACCAUUCGGGUCUGUUGGCGUGCUCCUGGGUUUGAAGCAUACGCGUACAGGGGAUACGCUUGUUGCCGCUGCGCUAGAUCAGCAAUCUCACCGGCAGCACAAGUCACCCAAAGGCAAAGCGUCACUUGACCAACCCCAAUCCAGCCAACUGGCCAUGGGGUCAAUUACCCCGCCCCCAGCCGUGAUUUCUGCUUCAGUUAUCCCUCAAGCACAUGCGGAUAUUCAACCUGUAGCCGAGGCCCUGCUUUCGCUAUCGCGCACUGACCCAUCACUCCGAAUCACAGAGGACACGACAGAGGGCCAAACACUCGUACACGGCUUGGGAGCACUACACCUCGAAAUAGCAGAAGGAAGACUCAAGGAAGAAUGGGGCGUACGCGCGUCGUUUGGCAAGCGGCGGGUAACUUAUAGGGAAGGUUUUGUAGGGGACGCAGUUGAGGUGGACGAAGUGAUGGAGAGGGAUGUGGCGGGGGCCAGAGCCUCUGCUCACGUGAGAUUACUCGUGCGAAGUUUGACUCAGGAAGAAGUUGAAGGGGAUUCCGCAUGGGGAGGAAACAUUGUUAGCUCUCGGGAUGGCACGCUCUUACAGGCGCCCACUAUGGCUUCCGAUACAACUGCGCCUGUCGAUCCCACACUGCUUGGCAUUCAAACCGCACUAUCCGCGUCACCACAUACCUCCCUCGCACUAACUCGGGCGCAUAUCACCAUCCUCGAAGCACCCCCGACCAGCAUAACGAAUCCCCUUGCAGCAGGGGCAGCUACUCAGGCACUUCGAACAGCGAUUGUGGAAGCCGGGCCCGGAUCUUUAAUGGAACCCUUCGUCAAUGUUGGUGUAAGAGUAGGAGAAGAAGCUGUUGGGAAAGUCGUCAAAGACCUGACCGAAUGCGGUGGAGAGAUUGUCGACUUGGGUCUCGAAGCCAUCAACGACGCAGAAGUGGGCGUCUACGACACAUCCAACGUAUAUAUCCCCCCAUCGAUCGUAAGCCCUGCAUCGGGGGUGUCCAAUGCAUCUAAAGUUGGCAGCAUCGGGGUGAAACGUACAGUUCAUGCGGUAGCUCCUCUUAGCCGAAUGUUGGAUUACUCGAACCGACUCCGAGCGCUCUCGGCGGGGACAGGGCAAUUUGAGAUGGCUAGCGCAGGUUUUAGGGAAGUUAAUGACAUACGACGAAGGGAAAUUCUUAUUGAGAUUGGACGUGCUUGA